AUGGCCCCAAAAAGGAAGUCCGCUGCUGCAGCAGCUGCAAAGGAGGCAGAGGCUGAGGAAUGCACCACGGAGGAGAUCACAACCACCACACCGCCCAUGUCCCCCUCAUGUGAGGCAUCACGCUCUGGCGGCAACGCGGCAGAGUUGUACGCAACGCUUCAAGCUGCCGUUGCAGAAGACCAUACAAAGGUAAAUGAUUUUGUGCGGGAAUUGCUCCAGGCGCUUAACGAUGCGGAAAGCCAGGAGGCGUCGUUGUUGGUCCGUGUGCGUACCCUAGAGUUUAUUAGCCACUACGGGCAGUAUUUGCGUGACGGCAAUGCCCUCAAAAAGGUUGUCACUUCUCUUGUCAAAAUCCUAAGUGGCCCGGAGGAUACGCCACAACUUCUCAUGGCAGCCGUGCAGGGGCUCUCUUCGCUAGGGCCCGUCUCAGUGCUGGAUAAGAAGUGGGAAUAUUUGUCCCGCGAGGGGGCAGACGUGCUGAUGCAGGUCAUGUUGGACGAAGAAGGAUUUGCGGAGGGUGUGCGUCAAGCUGCCUCAAAGGCGUUGGACUCCCUAAUUCAGACAGCCUUCCGCCCUGUUGUGACGAAGUUGCUGCACUGGAUAAGCGACAAUCGCGAGACAGAGGACGAGGAGCAACUGAAGAAGGAGCGACGCAUGGCCAUGACGCGGCUAAGGAGGCUGGCACACGCAUCGACCCUGCGGUCGCAGUGGACGGAGGAGGUGCAGGAGCAUGUUCUGAGCCUUAUUGUUCGUGUGCUCUCAACAGUCACUGUGCAGGAAUUUGUUCAACUCACGAGCAUCGCUGCUGCAUUGCCUAUGGUACGAGCAGAGGCGGGCGUGCCUCUUCUCAAGGCCUUUUUGGCACAAAACACACUUAACACAGACCGUGCGUUGGAGUCACUGAGUAUUAUUGGACAAUGUGUUGGUGCCACACCCUACGACCUCGUGCCUGUCCUCGAGGAUGCAGGGUUGCUCACGACACCUGUUGAGGUUAAUACCACACGAGGCAUAUGGCACGCUGAGGUGUUGUUACUGGGUGCUCGGCUUGCCACGCCCGACAACAUCGACAAGGUCUACAACGCGGCCCUGAGACAGCUGGACCACGUCAUGCAGGAUGGUGCUGCGCUGCCGGAGAAUAUGACAAUCCUCGAGGUGCUUCUCUUUGCCGUGAUGGCGGUAGGACAGAAAAAACCGGUGGAAAUGCUGAAACAUUUGAACGAUGAUGCGUUUGCCGCAAAGUGCAAGGGCUUGACAGAACUCGUCAGUCGGAUGGAACCGCUUUUGGUAUAUGCAGUCAAGAAACGUAUGCAGAGGUCGGUGGCGGGACAAAAGGAGGCUGAGGUGCUUGGCUGCUGUCACAACGUGCGAACCAUACUAAGUGCCUUCUCCAGCAAACACAUGCCGAUGGGCACCUUCACAGAGAGUUGGUUGCACAAGAACAAGUUGCCAGCUCUCAAGCGCAGACGUGAAACGGAGGCAACAGUAAAAACCACAUCAGCUACGGCUGGGGCCAGCGCCGGACAGUUGGGUGUGCUGCCGCCUCUCCCUGGUACAGAUGAACACGCAAGGAAAAGGCCCCGUGGCCAAGGCCACGGAUAUAACAAGGACGGUGCCAGAAACAGGGGCGUCAAGAAUGCCAAUGGCCGGUUUCAACAGCCACGUCGUGGCGGAUUUUAA